UUAUUUAUGCAUUUAAAAAGAAUAAAAUCCUAGUUUUUGAGCUGUAGUGAAAAGUCUGUAAACAUAAAUAGUUAUUAUUUUAUCUUGCAAGUCAAAAGCCUUGUAUUCCGGUCGCAUAAAUAUCCAACAUCUGUCAAACGAAAUGUCAAAACAAUAAAUUCACACAUAACCUCAACUUUAUGUAAUAACUACGGAAAAGCAUUUAAAGAAGCAUUAUUUUCAUAUUUUAAGUUAAAAAAUAUUAUACAUCGUAAAUAUGACUGUGUAUUUAUCAAGAAUUGCUAUUAGCACAUUUCGUUGCGCAGCGCCAAGAAGUGUAUCUACGAAUAUUUUCAACGAUAUUGUUUUGCCGAAAACUCGAGUAUUAAUAUCGGAAAACGAUAUUUUUGGUAUUGUUAAGCCGUCAAUAUCAAGAAACUAUACUACAGAUGCGAUACAGCCAACUAUUCCGGUAGAAAGUGGUACUUUACCUAUAAAAAAGAAAGUUCAUAAGAAAGCGAAUCCCGCUGAACUGAGUUGCCAAGAGGGACAUUACCUUACGUUGGCUUACGCGACAGCUAACUCUUAUGACUUAAAAAGUUUAAAGGAAGCUUUGUUACAGCAGAAACUGUAUGAACCAGGAAGACUAAAGGCACAUGAAAUAGGAAAUGUAGUAGUCGCAAACCCCAUGUACAGUGUGGGCGAUGAGCCGAGAGAGAUCAUAUUCUUUGGAGAAGGUGGCAUUGCUUUCUGGAACUGCACCGAGCUGGAAGCCAACAAUGUACUGGACUUUGUUAGGCCUUUCGAAGUGGAGAGUUACCCAAAAGAGGUUGUGGAAAAGGAAAGAGAAGUUAUGACAUAUGUGUACCAACCUAACGCUAAGAAGUGCCAUCUACAGCAGUCUUCGUUCGUGCUAUUACCAAAUAGGGACAACUCAUUGGAGAGGUACACGUUUAGCCACGCCAUGAUCCAGUCUGCGCGCCUGGGCGCGUGGGAGUCGCGGCUGGCGGCGCUGGCCGCGUCCGUCAGCGCGCACACCUCCGCCAUGCAGCGAGACGGGGCCUCCAAACUGGAUAAGAAGGAGGUGGUCCGCAAACUCGGCGAGUUAUUCUCUCUCCGGCACGUUCUGAACGUGGAGUCAGACCUGCUGGACACGCCGGACUUCUACUGGGAGGAGGAGCAGCUCGAGCGCCUGUACUCCAGCACCGUCGCGUACUUCACCAUCUCCAGGAGAACCAGGGUUCUAAACGAGCGCCUGUCUCACUGCGUGGAACUACUAGAACUCCUCUCAUCAUGGGCAGCAGACCGCCACCACGUCCGCCUCGAGUGGAUGGUGAUCGCGCUCAUCCUGGCCGAGGUCUGCUUCGAGCUGCUGCACCUGUUCGAGAGGAGCGUGUUCCACGUCGAGCGCCGGCGGCCGCUGCGACAUCACUUCGCGACGGAAAUCGAUGAGACCAUGUUCCAGGACUUUGUCGACAAAGCAAAAUGAUAAUGUGUCUAGUGGAUAGGUAUAUAAAGAUCAUUAUUAAAUGGACCUUGUGAUGUAAAUGUUAUUAAACUGUGAUUGUAAGUAAUUAGUGUGAUUGUUGUUUAAUAAAGAUUAUUUUGAUACA